GAAGAAAAAACUGCAGGUUGAGGAGGAGAAAUGUGCAAGAGAGAAGAAGGAGAGGGAGUUGCAAGAAGCAAGAUUAGGGAAGAUAGUCAAGUCUAGUAUGAAGGUUGUGUGUGAAUCUGUGUUAGGAAAGAAGGGGGAAAUCCCGGAUGAUGAUGAAUCUGAAGUCAGCAAGCUUAGGCAGGAGAUAGACGACCUGAAGACGAAAUGCGCAGGAGACAAAAAGGACUCAACAUUGGAUGUGUUGUGUAAGGAGAAGGAAACUCUUCAAAUGGCGCAAAACCGAUGCAGUGAAGAAGAUGCCUUGAGGAGAGAGAUUGAGGAACUGAAGCUCCGCAAUGAGAAGAGGAAACCGGGGGAGAAAUCUGAUGAGGUUGCUGCCUUACAGUUACAAUUGCAAGAGUUGGAAAAGAUAUGCGUUGCUCUUGACAAACGAAGUUCUGAGCUUAGCACACUGCAAUCUGAAAAUUCUCAUCUCGAGAAGGAUGUUCUGGAUCUUAAAGGGGUGGUCGAGGAUAUCAAGGGAUCGGGGAAGCGGUUAACAGGGGAAGUCACCACCAGGGUCCACCACGAGUCCACCAACCGAACCUGCGAAGGGUCUGAUAUCAUUGGUUCAUUGGCGACACAAAUUGUCCAGCCUUUGCGAAACUUUUUUGGUAUCAGUAUGUCAUUGACUAUUUCUCUCUCAAGCUUAACCGGGUGUUUGACAACUGGAGCUCAUGUUAGCAAUACUGAGAAGGUUAUUCGGGAAUCCAAAAGAUUGUUUGACGGAUUGGUAUUAGUCCCCUUGGACCAUAAUACCGGUGACACUUAUGCUUGCUGUCCACUUAUCUAUGCUGGAGGUGUUCGUAAGCUGUUUACUGAUAAUCCGGGGCUACAAAAGCUUUCAGAAGAUGAAGAUGCUAUUCUGCAGCGGUGCAAGGAGGAUUACAAGGCACUGAAACUGCAGCGGUUGGCUCUAUGGGUGGCAUCGGGCAAAUUAGGUAGGUCGUAUGUUAUCCGCGAAACACAAGGACGACAACAAGUGGCGCCCUAUCUGCCCAUCUUGGAAUGAGCCCUCUCGGGAGGCUGCACGUAUCACAUCUUUUUGUGUUAAUGAAUUCCUCAAGAGACU